GCAUAAACCAUUCAUUAAGUGGUUGUCCCUUCUUCCCCUCUCUCACUUGCUCCUCCUCCUCCUUCUUCUUCUGCCUUACAUCACAUACUUCACUCUCUUGUUUUUCCCUUUCCUCUCCUCAAAAUUUCUUCUGAUUCAUUUAAUCUUUACUCAUCAAUGGCUCUGAGACUGAACCCUAUCCCCACCCAAACCUUCUCCCUCCCCCAAAUGGCCAGUCUCAGAUCUCCCAGGUUCCGCAUGGCCUCCACCCUCCGCUCCGGUUCCAAAGAGGUUGAAAAUAUUAAGAAGCCAUUCACUCCUCCCAGAGAAGUGCAUGUUCAAGUAACCCACUCUAUGCCUCCCCAGAAGAUUGAGAUUUUCAAAUCUUUGGAGGAUUGGGCUGAGCAGAACAUCUUGACUCAUCUUAAACCUGUUGAAAAAUGUUGGCAACCACAAGAUUUUUUACCGGAUCCUUCCUCUGAUGGAUUUGAAGAGCAAGUGAAGGAACUGAGAGAGAGGGCAAAGGAGCUUCCAGAUGAUUACUUUGUUGUUCUGGUCGGAGACAUGAUCACAGAGGAAGCCCUGCCUACUUACCAAACAAUGUUAAAUACUUUGGAUGGAGUUCGUGAUGAAACAGGUGCCAGCCUUACUUCCUGGGCAAUUUGGACAAGGGCAUGGACUGCUGAAGAAAACAGACACGGUGAUCUUCUUAACAAAUAUCUUUACUUGAGUGGUCGAGUUGACAUGAAACAAAUUGAAAAGACAAUUCAGUACCUUAUUGGGUCUGGAAUGGAUCCUCGAACCGAGAACAGCCCCUACCUUGGUUUCAUUUACACUUCAUUUCAAGAGAGGGCAACCUUCAUAUCCCACGGAAACACAGCCAGGCUUGCUAAGGAGCACGGCGAUAUAAAGUUGGCCCAGAUCUGCGGCAUGAUUGCCUCAGAUGAGAAACGCCAUGAGACUGCAUACACGAAGAUAGUGGAAAAGCUAUUUGAGGUCGAUCCUGACGGUACAGUUAUGGCGUUUGCCGACAUGAUGAGGAAGAAGAUUGCCAUGCCAGCACACCUCAUGUAUGACGGCCGUGAUGACAACCUGUUUGAUAGCUACUCUUCGGUCGCGCAGCGCAUUGGGGUCUACACCGCCAAGGACUAUGCUGACAUACUUGAGUUUCUGGUGGGGAGGUGGAAGGUGGAGCAGCUAACUGGACUUUCAGGCGAGGGAAGAAAGGCUCAAGAAUACAUUUGCGGGCUGCCGCCAAGAAUCAGAAGGUUGGAGGAGAGAGCUCAAGCAAGAGUCAAGGAGUCGUCAACACUUAAAUUCAGUUGGAUUCAUGACAGGGAAGUACUACUCUAAAUGCACCAAGGGAGGAGCAUGGUGAAAUCUUCCGGCAAUACCGUUCUGAGAAAUGUUGAAUAGUUGAAAAUUCAGUUUGUCAUUUUUAUCUUUUAUUUUUCCUCCUUUUUUGGUCUUUGUUAUAUGUCACUGUAAGGUGAAGCAGUUGUUCUUGCAUGGUUCGCAAGUUAAGCAGUUAGGGGCAGCUGUAGUAUUAGAAAUGGUAUUUUUUUUUUUGUUUCGCUUUUCUCUGUGGUAGUGAUGUCUGUCGAAGUAUAAGUAAACGUUUUUUUUUCUCUGGCAAUUUUGAUGAUAAAGAAAAUUUAGUUCUUCUGUGGUUGGUUCAAUUUUGCCAUCGGGUAACUGAAAUAUAUGCUUUACUAGGUAA